CACCAUUCCAUCUUAAAAUCACAAUCUGAUCAUCACCAACACAUUGCAAACCAAACACAAAGACAUGUCUCUUCUUGCUUUCUUCCUCUUCACCCUCCUCGUCUUUUCAAGUUCAUGUUGUUCCGCGGCUCGGUUCCAAGGGCAUAAGUACAUGCAGAGGAAAACAAUGCUAGAUUUGGCUAGCAAGAUUGGUAUCAACUAUGGAAGACAAGGAAACAACCUCCCAUCUCCUUACCAAUCCAUCAACUUCAUCAAAUCUAUCAAAGCUGGUCAUGUCAAGCUCUAUGACGCUGAUCCAGAGAGUCUCACACUCCUCUCUCAAACCAAUCUCUACGUCACCAUAACAGUCCCUAACCACCAGAUCACCUCACUCAGCUCUAACCAAACCACAGCUGACGAAUGGGUCAGAACCAAUAUCCUCCCUUACUAUCCACAAACACAAAUCCGUUUUGUCCUUGUAGGAAACGAAAUACUAAGCUAUAAUUACGGGAAUGUCUCGGCGAACCUUGUACCUGCGAUGCGCAAAAUCGUGAAUUCUCUCAGACUUCAUGGGAUUCACAAUAUCAAAGUCGGGACACCUCUUGCCAUGGAUUCUCUCCGGUCUUCCUUUCCUCCUUCGAACGGAACAUUCCGGGAAGAAAUCACCGGACCGGUGAUGUUACCGUUGCUGAAGUUUCUUAACGGAACAAACUCUUACUUCUUCCUCAAUGUUCAUCCUUACUUCCGUUGGUCAAAAAAUCCCAUGAACACUAGUUUGGAUUUUGCUCUGUUCCAAGGUAACUCAACCUAUACCGAUCCUCAAACCGGUUUGGUUUAUCGUAAUCUUCUAGACCAAAUGUUGGAUUCGGUUCUCUUUGCUAUGACCAAACUCGGUUACCCACAUAUGCGCCUCGCGAUCUCCGAAACCGGAUGGCCUAAUUUCGGUGACAUCGACGAAACCGGUGCCAACAUUCUCAACGCGGCUACCUAUAACCGGAAUCUGAUCAAGAAGAUGACCGCAAGUCCACCAAUCGGUACUCCAUCUAGACCCGGUUUACCUAUACCUACAUUUGUUUUCUCCUUAUUCAACGAAAACCAGAAAUCCGGUCCGGGAACACAAAGACAUUGGGGAAUCUUGCAUCCCGACGGUUCACCAAUCUACGACAUUGAUUUCACCGGUCAAAAACCCUUAACCGGUUUCAACCCGUUACCUAAACCGACGAACAACGUUCCCUACAAAGGUCAAGUGUGGUGCGUACCAGUCGAAGGCGCCAACGAGACUGAGCUUGAAGAAACUUUGAGGAUGGCUUGUGCCCAAAGCAACACCACUUGUGCGGCUUUAGCUCCUGGGAGAGAAUGUUACGAGCCGGUCUCUAUUUAUUGGCAUGCAAGCUACGCGCUUAGCUCGUACUGGGCUCAGUUUCGUAACCAAAGCAUUCAAUGUUACUUCAAUGGAUUGGCUCAUGAGACAACGACCAACCCUGGAAAUGAUCGUUGCAAGUUUCCGAGCGUUACUCUGUGAGGACUUGAGGAGGAAGAAGAUAUAUGAUUAAAGCUUGAUUAUUCGUAUUACCUAUAUUGUUCUUUAUCUUUUUAUUAUACCUUUUCUGCUUCAUGUUUCGCUAUGUUGAGAUAAAAAAAAAUCAAAUAAUUAAUAAAUAGUAUUUUUUGUUUUUCCCUU